CUCUCCGGUUUCAACACCUAUUUCGACUCACCCAUGCUGUGCUAUGAUCGUGACUCGUGAGUCUCUUAGCAUCUUUCGUGGCAGUCGGACGUGUUGGUUGCAGUUCCGGUCGCCGUAAAACAUAGAUGCGUUCGGUGCAGUUUUGUGUGUUCGAUCAAGUAGAAAAUGUUUACGCACGGGGGUUUUGAUUGUGUAAUCCUAUUGCGUACAUUCCGUUGACGUUGAGCAUGCUGAAAACUAGUUUGCCAAAUAACUGUGCACAAAUUUCGUGAAAAAUGUGGACCACCGUGUGGAAACGGCGACAAUGAGCCAUUUACUAUCAAACCCCACCAGUGAGUGAUUUCGUGCCCGCUUGUAUAUCAACCCGUUAGUGUUGUGGUGGAUGAAGAUGAUGAUGAUGAUGAUGAAUGCAGUCACCGAAAUAAAACGUGACAGCUUUUGAACACCACUACCAAUGGUGCAAGGUGCCAAAUUUAUCCGAAUGUGUCGACAUUAAUCAGCCCCAUUGCACGUGGUGGCUCAUUUCUGCCUAGCUCCAAGCUAGAAAGCCCGUGUGAGUGUGUUCUAAACUAAAAUGAAUGUCUGUUGUUGCUAUCGGCUGCAACGGUGAAGGUCGUGUCUAAAAACGGGCGCCAUAAAUCUGGGAUUAAAUUUUGCCAAAUAGAGAUAGGUGAUGCAGAUUGGGAAAUAUCUGUAAUGCACCGUGUUGUAUCGAAACCAAAGAAAAUUAGUGUAAUAAUCUGUGGGCUUAGUGAAACCGUCGAGCUAAUUCUGUGCAGCCAAAAGAAGAAAACGAGUGUUCAAAUACGCCAAUAAUUUAUAUUUCACACCAAAACGCCGUAUGAGUGUGUGGUGCUGUAAAAAGAAAAAUUAAACCAUAUAAUAAAUUAUCUCCGUUGAGUGUUUUUUCUUUUACCAUAAAGACCUUAUAAAGGCACGUGUCGUUGAUAAACAAAAUAAAAAAACAAAAGAGUGAAAUAAAAACUUGUGCAAAAAUAAUUCACCCCCACAAAAACACACCUACAUACAUUCGAACAAAGUGAUACACAUCUUUAUCAACAAAAAACAUGACGAUGCUUGCGGUGAAAAAUUUCUUCCUGCCGGAGCGGAAAGCACCACCGGAAACGCCAAAGUUUAGCCGCAUGCCGGAAGCAUUCCUUCGCUCGAUCCGGCGCAGAUCGUUACGCAUUAAACGGCCAAAAACUGUCAUCGUUGAGCGGGAGAAGCGAAAAUCGGAUUCGUUCGUCAACAGCCAGGAAUGGACCAUCUCACGAUCCGUGCCGGACAUCCGGCUUGGUAUCGUUGGCAGUCUCAGCUCGGGCAAAUCGGCCCUGGUGCACCGCUAUCUGACCGGCACGUACAUGCAGGAGGAAUCGCCCGAAGGUGGCCGGUUCAAGAAGGAAAUACAGAUCGACAAUCAAAGCUACCUGCUGCUGAUACGGGACGAAGGUGGACCACCGGAGAUACAGUUCGCUGCCUGGGUAGAUGCGGUAAUCUUCGUCUUCAGUCUGGAUAAUGAGUCGAGCUUUAAUGCGAUCUACACCUACUACAACCGGAUAGCGCAUCACCGUAAUACGGCCGAAAUUCCGUUUAUUCUCGUUGGAACACAAGAUGGUAUUUGUGAACGAGCACCACGAGUAAUAGACGAUGCACGAGCGCGAAAGUUGGCGCAAGAUUUGAAACGGUGCACGUAUUACGAAACCUGCGCCACCUAUGGACUAAACGUGGAACGAGUAUUUCAAGACGCCUGUCAGAAGAUCGUCCAGCAGCGUCUGUCGACGGGUUCCACAAUAACGCCAACCAAUUCGCGUCCCACAACACCGCAAGGUACGCGGCUCGGUGUGGCCAGCUUUCACCCGUCAGUUCCUAGCCCCACGAAUGGGUAUUCCGGUGCAGUGGGCAAUCCGGGACCAACCGGUGGUCUAACGCUCGGAAGCAACUCGUCGCCCAGUCAUCAGCAACAUCCACAGAAUCAUCAAACCGGCGGCACUAUGACACUGCCCCAUCGGCAUCACGUUCUGUCCGCCUCGAGCCAUCACAUUCCGAUCAAAAUCAGCCAGGAGCUGAUCAAUGCCGAAGCCGCACAGCAUCAUCACACCACCGGCGGUGUUGGUGCGAAUGGCGGUGGUCCACAGAAGUGGGGUACGAUCUCGCACGGCACAUCCCAGCAGGCGUUGCUAGCGAUGACGAACGAGAACAACAACAUUGCAAAGUUUGUCCCUCCGACACAUCCCGUUUCGAGCGGACCAACCGAUACGCUGCAACCGCUCGGACUGUCGAGCACCAUGUCCGCGAAGGACAGUAGCAGCAGUGGUGGUGGUGGUACAGGUAGUGGUAAAGAUGGAAAGGAUGGCAAAGAGUUACCGACACCGACAUCGACACCGACCACCUCGCGCAAGAGCCGGCGAAGAUCGAACCUGUUCAUCCCGUCGUCCUCCAAGAAGGAACAACAGCAGCAGGAGAAGAUCAAGAACGGUGAGCUCGGUUCCGGUCGGGCCAUCCCAAUCAAGCAGGGCUAUCUGUACAAGCGCAGCAGCAAAUCGCUGAACAAGGAAUGGAAGAAAAAGUACGUCACGUUGUGUGACGAUGGGCGGCUCACGUAUCAUCCGUCCCUGCACGACUACAUGGAGGAUGUGCACGGGAAGGAAGUAUCGCUGCAGUACGUCACGGUGAAGGUACCGGGACAGAAGCCGCGCGGUACGAAAUCCAUCAUCACGAACAGUGCACUAACGGCUGCGGCUGCUGCUGCUGCCCAAGCGUCCACCAACGGCACGAACGGGUCAAAUGGUCAGACGGCAGGUAGCAAUGGGCUCACCGAGGGUAUUGGUGGCCUUUCGCUUGCCAAGGAUCGCAAGUGCACCGAGAAGGUCCUGUUGACCGCGUUCGAUACGUUGCGUGAACCGGUCAAAUCAAACUCGCAAACCAGCGGCGAUGAAGGUAUCGUUAUCAGUAGCAGCAAUUCCCAGGGUUUUCUUGGUUGUGACAGCAGCAACGCUGGCGGUGCUGGUGGUGGAAGCAAGAUCGAUGCGCAAACCCCGAACGUAAAGAAACGUCACCGCCGUAUGAAGAGUAGUGGCGUGGGGAAGAACAGUGAAUAUGACGAUUCCGACGGGUUCGAGUUCUACAUCGUAUCGCUGGAUAACAAGCAGUGGCACUUCGAGGCGUCCAAUUCGGAGGAACGGGACGAAUGGGUUUCGGUGAUAGAGCAGGAAAUCUUCAAGAGCCUGCAGGGCAUCGAAUCGUCCAAAUCGAAACCACUGAAUCCGAGCGAUAUUGCCUCGAUGCAAUCGAUCCGAAGCCGUGUACCGGGCAACGGUUACUGCGUGGACUGUGACUCACCAAAUCCCGAAUGGGCCAGCUUGAAUCUGGGCGUGCUGAUGUGCAUCGAGUGUUCCGGUGUGCAUCGAAACUUGGGUUCACACAUCAGCAAAGUGCGAUCCUUGGGAUUGGACGAAUGGCCUCCUGGACAUUUGAGCGUGAUGCUAGCGAUUGGCAAUAGCUUAGCAAAUUCGGUGUGGGAAGCAAAUACGCGCGGCCGCGUAAAACCAACACCGGCUAGCUCCCGGGAGGAGAAAGAAGCGUGGAUACGAAGCAAGUACGAAGGCAAAGAUUUUCUGCCACACUUUAACCCAUCGCCACCGAUCGGUCAGCAGCUGUGUGAAGCCGUUGUACGUUCGGACAUGAAAUCCAUCAUCAUCCUGCUAGCGAACGCAUCGAACGAGCAUAUAAACUCGACCGCUAGCAACCGUGAUCUCCGGACGCCAUUACUGUUGGCCUGUGCAAUUGGUAAUCUUGCCAUCUCGCAGCUACUGAUAUGGCAUCACGCCAACCUGAAGCACGUCGACAGCGAGGGCCGUUCGUGUUUAACGUUCGCCAAAGCAGCCAACUCGCUGGCCGCAGCCAAACAGGCAACCAACUCGCCCCAUCACGUUAACGUGGAAACGACGACGGCUCUGGUCGAACUGCUGACCAGCCUGGGCUGUACCGAUCCGGCACCAUUCUCCGCCAGCGGUACGUUACCCCGCCGAAGGGAAACCAUCGAUCAGGCUACGUUCGAAAAGUUUUCCUCCAGUGUGAUCUAAAAUGCGGAGGCGCGUUAUUGUAAAUGUUGUAGAAUAAUCAGAAAGUAGUAGCGUGCGCCCUCACUCCUACAUAUUAGACAAAUUUUUCCUUCAGGAACGCAAUCUCAUGUCGGCGCUGUUUGUUUUUUGUUGUAAUUAAGACGCGUGGAGAGGAAAGCUUACUAGCAAGUAUGUUUAGUUUCAGAAUUAUCUUCUGUGUUUACCUGUGUACACGAUAAGCGAUAGCGUAGUAAUCAAUGGUGGUGCAAAAGAAAAAAAAAUUCAAACCGAAACAGCCGGUUGCAUUGUGAUCCGUUUUAAGUCGACUGUCAAAUUUGGAGCUUCGUUUUCUUUUUCGUGUUGAUACUCUAUUUCAACUUUGUACAUAGUUUCGUUCUUUUCGUUUUUUUAGUUUCCAAUAUUAUUGUUUAGUUUUGCCCCGUUUUUCUUGCGUUUGCCUAAGGCAAACAUUGUAAACAAUCGAUCCCAUAUAGUACGAAGCUUAAGUUUUAGUAUGGUUGUAUGUUUAUUUUAGCUUUAAAUGUGUAAGGCUUAAUAAUGUACCAACGAAGAAGGUGCUCCUUGGUGGAGCACGAUAGCGUUGAAUUGUUUAAAAGAGGCAUAAUUCUCUGGGCCAACUAUUAUUACAUUAUCUGGACUGGUACCAUAUAUGUAGGUAUAUCUUUUUAAACAUCUUCAUCAAAUCAUUGAUCCCCUUACACACUCGCGGGUUUAGGUUUUGUCUUACGCAUUAUUUAUUCAAUUGUAUCCGUGUUUUUUUUUUGUCAGUUCCUAGUUUACCCUUUUUUGUUAUGAUUACGUAUACUUCCUUUAAAAAAAAAGAAAGAGAAAGAGAUACACCCAUUCAACACAAUCCCACAGUACUAAUCGAGAAGAAAAAGAGUAGUUCCUACUACAGUACGCUCUCCAUUCGUUAGCAUUAUAAUUGUUAGAAGCGACAAAACAGCUCGAUUAAUUCUCAUAAAGAAAAUGCGUACAUUAGCAUAAGGCACCCAGGAAAUAGAGCAGAACCGAUAUGGAAAGUGUCGUUGUUUUUCCCCCACGUAUCGAUCCGGUAUUAUAAAAACAAAGCAAAAAACAAAUACAUGCCAAAAGGGGACAGCAGCAAUUUUUGAUCGCUCCCGGAACUAGAUCGGAUUGCCCUUUUGCUGUUUUGAUCGUAUAGGGCACCAUUUGCCGCAUGUUAACAAAAUGUUGCAAUGACGGUGUAUAAGCAAAACAGUAAUUAAAAGUAUUUGCACACGUAUUAUAACACAUAACAGCAAACAUAAUAAUAAUAGCACCGCAGCACCAGCAUCCCGUCAAGUGUCUCCCCCCAAAAACCGCGCCACAGCACACACCACAACAAAACAUUCUCUCUUUGUCGUACCUCUUAUAGUGGAUUGAUGAUUAGUACGGAUAGAUUGUACGAAUUGUGUCUUUCGUGCGGAGUGCAUGUAACCUUUUUUUUUGGUAGAAAACAGCUAACCUCAACAAAAUCAACCCCAGCUCCUAGUUAGAGAACAGACAGAUAAAAAGAACAGCUAUUCAACACAUAAUUAACAUUUAGUCGUAACACAUGAAAGCUCUCGAGUUUAUAAUACAACAAAAAAAAGAAGCAACAGCAAAAGCAAAUGUUAAAAUAUCGACAGUUUAUAGUAAACGCCUAGAGUAGUAUAGAAAUGGAUUAAAAACAGAUGCAAACAUAAGUAACAAAACAAAAGCAAAAAGAAAAGGAAACAUCAUCCAAAACAAAUAAUUAACAAAGUAUAUAGUAUUGUAGAUGAGCCAAUGUUGAAAGAAUUACAAAAACAAAACAAUAACAAACUCCGUUACAAAACUUACUUCCUUCUAUGUAUGUCCCACAUUGAAAUAUUAAUAAAAAAAGGAAAAGGGAUGCAGGAGAAAAGUAUAUCAGUAUGAAGGAGAGUGGAUAACAGAAGGAAGCCAGUAGGAUAAAUAGCAAGCAGUACCUUUAAGUAAUAACCUCUUGCGCUCUCCCACAAAACAAAGCAAACAAUCUAUCUCCCGUUGUCUUCUGAGUCAUUGUUUUGUUUCGUUUAUUGUGUUUUUGCAAUUGGGAUGUGCAUUACAAAGCAUUGAGAUAGAGAACAGCAAAAAGGAAAAAAAACAAACGAACGUCUGUAGUACUGCGGUUAUCAAAGAUAAAAUAUACGAAAAUCGAUGAUACGAUGAACAUUAA